AUGCCUCUGAAAACAGUUCUCAUCACCGGCUGCAGCGAGGGUGGCCUGGGUGCUGCCCUCGCCAGAGCCUUCCAGGAGCAGGGUUACCACGUCUUCGCCACGCUGCGUAAUCCCGCCAAGGCAGGCUUACUAGCCGGGGAGCAUGGAGCAAACAUCGACGUCUUGCCACUCGAUACCACGUCAAAGGAGUCUAUUGAUGCGUGUCUGGAAACAGUGAGGCAGAAGACGGGUGGCAAGCUUGACAUACUUGUUAACAACGCUGGGAUUGGGAGCACUAUGCCACUGCUCCAUGCGCCGAUUGAAGAGGCAAAGGCAAUGUAUGAUGUCAAUGUUUGGGGCACCCUCAGCCUGGCCCAGGCUUUCUCUCCGCUACUCCUCAAGUCCAAGGGCGUUAUUAUGAACAUCUGCUCUAUUGUAGGCGCGGCAAACGUUGCAUGGCAAGGAAUCUACAACAGUUCCAAGGCUGCAGAAACAAUGAUCUCAGAGUCACUACGCAUCGAGCUGGAGCCCCUUGGCAUACGUGUGAUGACCGUCAUGCUGGGUCAGGUCAGCACACAAAUGUACGACAACACCCCAGCCUUUUACCUGCCCGAGGGGUCGCCGUACGAGAAGAUCGCCGGCACUAUUACAAGCUCGAGUACGGGGGCCUUGAAUCGUAACAACGAGCCGGCCGAGGUCGUGGCGAGGAAUCUCGUCAGGGAUACGAUCAGUGGCCGCCGUGGACAGAUCUGGCGUGGUGGCUUGGCGCGUACGGUCUACCUGGCGCUCUGGCUAUUGCCGACGAGGCUGUUUGAGUGGAUUGUGCACCUGCAGAGGGGUGUUUAUGACCUUUAG